AUGUCGUCCAUGUGGCUUUCGGACACGCAAAAAAUCGGCGUUGUUUUCUGCUCGGGAGGUAUGCUGCGAUUUGCAAAGAUUGGCGCCGGCGCAAAGCCGGGACGUCUCCUCGCCCCUUCGCCAACGUCACUAACUCGUCGCCACCAGGUGAUCCUGUUUCUGAUCGGCCUCACCAUCAUCAUUGGUCCGCAAAAGACGCUCGCCUUCUUCGCGCGCAAGCAAAAGGCCAAGGGCACUGCCGCCUUCUUCGCCGGUCUCAUCCUCAUCCUCCUGCGCUGGACGAUCAUCGGCUUCCUCGUCGAGGGCUACGGUAUAGUCAUCCUGUUUGGCGACUUCCUCGGCACCAUUGCCGGCUUCGCGCGCGGCAUCCCCGUCGUUGGGCCGUACAUUGGCGUCGCCAUCGACCGCCUGGGCGUCGCUCGCAGCAACGCGGAGCUACCCGUAUAA